AUGGCAUUUGGACUUGGUGUUCUCUGCCUAUUACUAUGGACAGUAACAGGUUCCAGUUGUGAGCAGUGCCGAGAAGGAGCCACGUACUCAGAUGCAGUAAUAUCCCCCAAUUUAGAAACCACUAAAAUUAUGCGAGUUCCUCAUGCUAUGUCAGUGUCUGACUGCAUCGCAGCAUGUUGUGACCUCUCUGGUUGUGACUUGUCCUGGAUGUUUGAACGACGCUGUUACAUCGUCAACUGCCAACACAAAGAGAAUUGUGAACCUAAACAAAUUGAAACUGUAAAGUCCUAUCUUACCUUUGUGGUGAGGCCUUCUCAGAGGCCAGCCUCACUGCUAGGAUUUGGGCAAGUGAUCCCAAGCAUGGUCCACUCUGUGGGACUCCAGAAUGAGCCAUCUGAGGAAGUGAGUAGCUUGAAGGAGCUGUCGUUGCGUGGCAAAUAUCCCAGCCCUGAGGAGAUACCUGAAUACAUAGAUGAUUAUAAAGAAUUGGAGCAGGACUCCUUUCAGGUGAGCAUCAAACAUGAGCAGAAGGAGAGCACGGAUUAUGCCGACUGGGGCCUGAUGGUGGCAGGUGAAAACAGCUUCAACUCUUCGGUGGGUGAUGAUGGAGGUAACCAGGACAACUUUGCUGAAAAGAAAGAGGAGACCGGGAAGGUGGAAAGCCUUAUCAAGAAAAACAGCUCUGAACUGAGUUUUGUCGCUGAACAGUCCAUGGAGAGUUUGUCAUCUGUCCCAGAGAUUACACCAUUCCCUGGGAAGACAUCUGAAAGCAAAGCAGCUGUUCAACUUCUUGCACAACCUGGUGAUGCUUUGCAAAAAGAGACUGCUGCGCCUUCCCCUUCUUCAGACAAACUGGAUUUCUCCCCAGGUGUGUCAGAGAAAACCCAGACUCCCACAGUGGCCCCAGAGAAUGUCACUGAAGGUGGCAUCCUGCUACUUCCCACUAAUGUGUCAUCUGAGCCCAUGCAACAAUUCACACCGCCUUCUACUGCUGCUAAAGCAGAUACAGUAAAAGAACUUAUUGUAUCUGCUGGAGAUAACAUACAAGUGCUGCUACCCAAAAAUGAGGUUGAACUGAACGCCUUUGUUGUCCCGCCACCGCCUGCAGAAACAGCCUAUACCUUUGAGUGGAGCUUAAUCAGUCACCCUGCUGACUAUGGUGGUGAAAUGGAGCGCAGGCACAGUCAGACCUUGAAGCUCUCUCACUUAUCAGUGGGACUUUAUGCCUUUAAAGUGACGGUUUCUGGUGAAAAUGCCUUUGGUGAAGGUUUUGUAAAUGUCACAGUCAAACCAGCUGUCAGAGUUAACCAGCCUCCUGUUGCUGUUGCUUCACCUGAAGUACAAGAAAUUUCUUUGCCUACAACUUCUACCUUCAUUGAUGGCAGUCAAAGUAUAGAUGAUAUGAAGAUAGUGAGUUACCACUGGGAGGAAAUUAAAGGUCCUUUGCGAGAGCAGAAGGCAUCUGCUGACACACCUGUCUUGCACUUGUUUAACCUUGUUCCUGGAAACUACACCUUCAGACUCACAGUGAUUGAUUCAGAUGGAGCAGCCAACUCCACCAUUGCAUUUCUGACAGUCAACAAACCAGUGGAUUACCCACCUAUUGCCAAUGCAGGACCUAAUCAGGCAGUCACCUUGCCUCAGAACUUCAUCACAUUGAACGGAAAUCAGAGCAGUGAUGACCAUGAAAUUAUCAGCUAUGAGUGGUCACUCAGUCCCAAAAGCAAAGGCAAAGUUGUAGCAAUGCAGGGAGUACGGACACCGUACCUCCAGUUGUCUGCAAUGCAGGAAGGAGAUUACACCUUCCAGCUGACUGUCACAGACUCUUCGAGGCAGCGGUCCACAGCUGAGGUCACACUGAUUGUACAGCCUGAAAAUAACAGUCCUCCAGUAGCAGUGGCUGGCCCUGACAAGGAAUUGACCUUCCCAGUAGAAAGUACUACACUGGAUGGAAGCAAAAGCCAAGAUGACCAAGGCAUUGUCUUCUAUCAUUGGGAAAAUAUCAGUGGACCAAGCUCUGUACAGAUGGAAAAUGGCAACAAAGCAAUAGCAACUGUGACUGGUCUUCAGGUUGGUACCUAUCGCUUCAGGUUGACUGUGAAAGACCAACAGGGCUUAAGCAGUGCAUCUGUACUAUCUGUUACUGUGAAGGAAGAAAACAACAGUCCACCCCGGGCGCAUGCUGGUGGGAAGCAUGUUCUAGUGCUUCCAAAUAACUCUGUUACCUUGGAUGGCUCAAGGUCUGCUGAUGACCAGGGCAUUGUAUCAUAUUUGUGGAUUCGAGAUGGUCAAAGCCCAGCAGCUGGGGAUGUGAUCCAUGGCUCAGACCACGAGGCAGUACUGCAGCUAACUAAUCUGGUGGAAGGAACCUAUACUUUUCACUUGAAAGUGACAGAUGCCAAAGGAGACUCAGAUAUUGAUUCAGCAACUGUUGAAGUGCGGCCUGAUCCCAAAAGGAGUGGUCUGGUGGAGUUGAUUCUCCAAGUUGGAGUGGGACAGCUGAGUGAACAGCAGAAGGACACCCUGGUGAGACAGCUGGCUGUACUGCUGAAUGUUUUGGAUUCAGAUAUCAAAGUUCAGAAGAUACAAGCCUACUCAGAUAUAAGCACUGCGGUUGUGUUCUACGUGCAGAACGGGCAUCCUGCCAAGGUCAUCAAGGCAUCAGAAGUCUCACGAACUCUACAUGUGCAGCUUUUGAAAGAGAAGGCUGACUUUCUGCUCUUCAAAGUCCUGCGGGUUGACACUGCUGCCUGUCUUUUAAAAUGCUCUGGACAUGGAUACUGUGACCCCAUAACAAAGCGCUGCAUUUGCUACCAGCUGUGGAUGGAAAACUUGAUUCAUCGUUAUCUUAAUGAUGGAGAGAGUAACUGUGAGUGGAGUAUACUCUAUGUGACUGUAUCUGUUUUUAUUUUGAUUGUGGUCAUGAUAGGGCUUGCCUGGUUCUGCAUCUGCUGCUGCAAAAGCAGAAAGAGGACAAAAAUAAGAAAGAAAACAAAGUAUACCAUCCUAGAUAACAUAGAUGAACAGGAAAGAAUGGAGCUACGACCCAAAUAUGGUAUAAAACACAGAAGUACAGAACACAACUCCAGUCUGAUGGUCUCCGAGUCAGAGUUUGACAGUGAUCAGGAUACUAUCUUCAGCAGAGAAAAGAUUGUGAGAGAGAAUCCUAAAACCCUCAUUAAUGGAUCCAUCAGAAAUGGAGUUUCCUUCAACUACAGCAAAGACAGAUAA